GUGUGCUGCAGCUCCCGCAGGUGGAAGGGGGCAGACUUUCCCCGGGUUUGGGUCUGUACGCGCCUCCCUCCGCUAGUUGGACGGGGCGGACAGAGUUGCAGCAUCCGCUUCCAAACUUUCCAGAAAGCCUGCAGUGAAGUGCGGGACGGCCUGCCUCGCGCACCCGGGGACUGUUGCGCGCUGCGGAUCGCUGCUGUUGCGCGCGUCUUCUCGGGUCCAAGAAAUAGCCAUGGCGCCGUUUGGCAAAAACUUCCUGAAGGCUCGAAUGAAAACCAGGACUAAAGAUCCUGAGCCUGUGGUUGGAAAGGAGAUUCAAGUUACAGUCUGCAAUGAGGAGAAGGUUGUCUGUGGAGUAACCAAGCACACGACCUGCGCAGAUAUGAUUCAGGCUUUACUGGAGGAUCACAAAUCUGUCCCAGAGAGCAAGCGGCUCCUUCAAGGGGAGCCCAAAGACUUCUGUCUGGUUGAACGCUGGAAGGGCUUUGAGAGAGCGCUGCCUCCUCUUACCAGGAUCCUCAGACUCUGGUAUGCGUGGGGUGACCAAAGACCGUUUAUACAGUUCAUCCUGGUGAAAACGAGUGACUUUGUGCCUCAGCCUGCCAAGAAGGGUUUAAAGCCAAAAGGGGCCAAGCCCAAGCGAUGGGAAUAUGGCCGCACACAGUAUGCCCAGUCCCUCCCAGCAGAGAAGCAAAAACGCAUGGUGAAGAAAGCUUUCCGGAAACUUGAGAAACUCCACAAGGAGAACAGGGGUUUCCCAGGCACUGAGGAGAUUGAUCGGAUGGUGCAGCUUAUUUUGCACCAGGACCACACCAUCAGAGAGCAAUUUCAGCGAAUGAGGGAGCUGGAUCUGGAGAUCGAGCGCAUUGAGCUGCAGGGACAAAAGGAAGCGGACUCUGACAGUUCAGUGUCACAGACUUCUGGACCAAACUCAUCAGCUCAGAGGGAGGAGCAGCUUCAGGAGUUCCUGCUUACCAGUGAUGGAGUUCAGAAACUGGAGUUACAAGUUGAGAGGCAUCGGGAGCUCAUCCUCCUGCUUUCCCAGGAUAUUGACUCUGAGUUGAGGAAAGCUGACCUACUUUUGGUUCAAGACCGGGAUGGAGAGCCGACAGGAGCUGCUGCAGCUUCUCAGCUUCCCCCUGAAGCUGGAAAUGAGCUUUACUUUUCUGAACUGGAUAGAUUAAAAGAUGAACUGCAAGACAGCAUAAUAAAUGGGGUGAGUCUUCAUAACCAGACUGCUGAAAUAGAGAAGCAACUGAUGUACUUUGACAGUGCACUGAUGGCCAAAGACCAGGAGUGCUGGCAGUUGGCAACCCAACUGAACUCUCUGCAAAUCACGGACUGCGUAGAGGAAAAGCAGCCCGUGUGUAUCCUUCUAAACAGUGAGGCUCAGUGCAGCUUGAUGAGCCACACCAUGAAAGUCAAACAGAGCCUGUUGCCUCUGGAUGUUACGGACACAGACUCAGACACUGGGAUUAGCUCCACCCACAGUCAGGACUCGCUCUCACCGUGUCUGGACUUCCCUCCCCCGCUGGACACGGACGUUUGAAGCAGCCGGUCAACCUCUCAUUGUGUUACACAGGCCUCUCACAUGUCACACCGUCAUCUACCACACAGACAAAAAAUCUACCAACAUGGGGGCUUAGAGUAACAUUUUCUCUCCACUUCUCUAGUUUUUUCCUUUUGUUAGAAAUUCAAGUAUGUUCUUCAAAAACAGACUCCUGACUCUUGAGAACGACCGCCUUAAAUCAUCUGAUCUUUUUUUUAAAAAAAAAGAAGACACACCAUUGGUUAAAAGAAAAGAUAUAUACUUUUUAAAGUAUCUGAAACAUGUCCAAAGUUACACAAAAACCACAAUGAUGACAUAAACAACACAACCCAGUUGGAAGUAAUGUCCCAGUCACAGCUGGCCUUAUGGGGGGACACGGGCUGUCUACAGGUUUCCCCAUUUUUUGCCCACAGUAUGAAUUUUUAAGAUCGUAGACCACCGUUGAGCCCGUAGGGCGGAAAUGUUCGUGGAAAUUUUUUCUAUGGGCAUGCUGCGAGUGACGGGUCAGAGCAAACUCAUUACAUGUAAGGGUGAAAUAAGUGAGUGGCAGGCGUGUUGGAUUUUUUUUUUUUACUUUUUUUCUGUCUGUUUCUGAGUCGGCUGAUGCAUCUUCUCUUUCUCUGUAGUCACACCGUUUUGACGCACAAGUACAUCAUCGGUCUACGUCAUACAUGAGCUUUGAUAGUCAAACACUCAAUGGAAACGCUCAAUUGAAUUGACCGGACCGUUCUAAACCGGUCAAGAGUGGACUGGUCUGGUCUGGACCGCUCAGUGGAAACAAAGCAUUAUUGCUGCUCAGGUGAUAACUGCAAGCUCCUUGCAAUCUCCAUGCAUGCUGCCUGACGCUUAGAAAUGAGGACUUGAGUGUAGUUUGUGUGGGCAUCUUCUGAGUACUUACUGAAUGAGAAAAUCUUGUCAGGAUUUUUCCCUUUUACAAACUUUUUGUUUUGCUGAUGGAUUUUCUACGUCUUUAUAAAGGCCAGGUUUAACACUUUUACUGCUGCUUUAACACUGCAGAGGAAUCCUGCAUGACGGUUACUGGAGAAACAACAGGCACACGCGCUAAAAGAAGAAUCAAUGUGGAUCACGUUAAAAGUUGUUUUAUUGAGCAUGAAUUCAUCCAACCACAUUUGAAUGAGUUUCCGUGUCUCAUUGUUGUGGUUUUAUGACAUUGUUUUUAAGAGAAUUCUGUUGGAACUACAAUAAAGCUUUAAGAUGAUGUCAGGGCAGCAACCCAUGCGCACAGAAAAGAGAGUUAUACGUUUUUUGGUGGUGUUAAAAUACAUUUUAUAACAAGUAAACAGUUGGACCCAUUAUGUCCUUUUGGCUAACGUGACAAUCUAAUGCUCUACAUUUGUCCGCGGCUCACCGAUCACUUCAUUUCUAACAUUUUUACAUCAUGUGGCUGUCGGGUACGGUGGCCGUUUUGGUUCAGUUGUUCCGCUCUCAGUUCAUUUCAUAUUCAGACUGAGGAACCUCAGAGAGAACAGAAGUUCAGUCUGAAUGGAAACGAAUGGAGACCAUCUUGAAAGAUGAGUCAGAGAGUGGUUCCUGGCAAAUGAAGGUACUUAUUUCCUGACAGCUCCAUGGAGAAGGUGGGUGUGAUUUUGUUGUAGUCUGGGGGCGGAGCUUGCUGCACAGAUUCUUCCUGGAGGGGACGGUUCACAUCAAUCUUACGUCAGCACGUUUCCACCCGCUCGUUUUCAUGGGUAUGGGUGGGGCUGCUGCAGACAGUGCAGUUUUUAGAGGAUUAUUCUUAAAUACAUGAACGGAUCAAAAUACCAUUUGGGGGUUCUAUAUAGUGUGGAAUGAACAGUAAAAUGCAUUUAAAACCUCAAAAAGUAGAAUUUUCAUGGUAUAUACAGAACCUCCUUGUAUAAACCGUUUUAUUAAUGUCAAAGUCCCUCUUUGUCAAAUGUGGAGCCUCUAUUUUUGAUCUUGCUCCACAUUCAAUUCAGUGUCGAUCACUGAGUCCUUAUUCUUAGAUAUUUCUGUCCUCUUCUUCAGUACAGAGGGACAAACUACAGAAAAAAAUAGACAAAGUGUUGUUUAUCUUUGCUACCUUGUACUAUUGAAAAAGAACAGCAGCUAUGUUCACACAUCAAUGUUUAACUUUCUGUGCCAAAACUCAAAAUUCAGGCUUUAGGUCACAGGUGUGGUCCUACAUGUUUUCAAGCCAAGCUGCCAUAGCUUCUUAUUGGCUAAUCACACCUGAUCCAGGUAAUCAGCAGCAGAUAAGGCAGGAUUCUGGAAAACCAGCAGGACGUCGGCCCUCGAGGACUUGAGUUUGACACUCCUGCUUUAGGCUGACUGCUUUUACCUAAACAAGAGAGCUUUGUCCCUGUUUAAGUUGAAGGUAUGCUUUUGCUCGUCCUUUUGUUCUCAAGUUAACUAUGCAACUGCACUUCUUUGUACACAUUUUAAAGGAAGAUAUAUAGCUUCACUUGUUUUGUCUUUAAGUUAAAGAAUUUGUUGGAAAACAUAAAAAUGUAAAUUAUCCAGCUCUAAUGUAAAUACGUGAUGUAAAUAUAACAGAACUAUUUAUUUUUGUAAAACUGCACUUGAUACAUAUUAACACAUCACUUUUAUAAAUGGACACCAAAUGUUCAGAAUCACCUGAUUCAGAACAAAGUGUGCGUCUUUUGGUCUUUUAAUCCCUAAUCUCAGAAAUGACAUGGAAUAUUACGAUGAAAUGUGUAUUCUAACUUUCACAAUAAAAGCUAACACAAUAA